AUGCCUGCCGUCCCCACCCUCCUCCAGCGCGAGAAGUCCGAGUUCGACCCUGCCGAGGUCACCGUGCUCUUCGUCCUCGGCGGCCCCGGCGCGGGCAAGGGCACCCAGUGCUCGAACCUGGUGCGCGACUACACAUUCAAGCAUCUGUCGGCCGGCGAUCUGCUUCGCGAGGAGCAGGAGAGGCCUGGCAGCGAGUUCGGCGAGAUGAUCAAGGAGUACAUCCGCGAGGGCAAGAUCGUGCCCAUGGAGGUCACCAUCCAGCUCCUCGAGAACGGCAUGAAGGCCGCGAUGAAGGCGGAGAACAAGAAGAAGUUCCUGAUCGACGGUUUCCCCCGCAAGCUCGACCAGGCCCAUGCCUUUGAGAAGAGCGUGUGCCCUGCCAAGUUCACCCUUUUCUUCGAUUGCCCCGAGAGCACCAUGGAGGAGCGCCUGAUCAACCGCGGCAAGACGUCUGGCCGCUCAGACGACAACAUCGAGAGCAUCCGCAAACGCUUCAAGACCUUCGUCGAGACUUCCAUGCCUGUCGUCGACGAGUUCGAGAGCCAGGGCCGCGUUGUCAAGGUCGAUGCCACCCAGACUCCCGAGCAGGUUUACGAGGUUGUGAAGGAGAGGCUUACCGCCAGAGGCAUCGCCCUUGGUUCACCCGCGUCUUUCUGCAGCUUCGCCAUGACGUCAAUAGGUACCGGCUACGAUCUCUCCAACUCCGUCUUCUCGCCCGACGGCCGCAAUUUCCAGGUCGAAUAUGCCCAGAAGGCGGUAGAGAACGGCGGCACGGCAAUCGGCAUUCGGUGCAAGGACGGCGUCAUCCUCGCCCUCGAGAAGAUCAUUAGCAGCAAGCUUCUCAAGAAGGGCGCCAACAAACGCAUAGCAUCCGUCGACCGCAACGUGGGCAUCGUCUCCUCCGGCCUCGUUCCUGACGGACGCCACUUCGUUUCCCGAGCUCGCGAUGAGGCUUCUCAGUGGAGGAAGCUGUACAAGGGCCCCAUCAAGACGGCCGCGCUUGCCAGCCGCAUGGGCAGCUACGUUCAGGCAUACACUCUCUACUCCAGCGUUCGCCCGUUCGGCGUGACGUCCAUCAUUGGCGGCUGGGAUAGCGAGGAGCCCGCGGAGGUUGACGGCCAGGUUGGCAGCGGUCCUUCGGUUGGUCCUGGCGGCAAGAAGGCGGACGCCACUCACGGCGGCCCGUUCCUCUACAUGGUUGAGCCCAGUGGCCUGUUCUGGGGCUACUACGGUGCCGCGACGGGCAAGGGCAGGCAAUCUGCCAAGGCAGAGCUCGAGAAGCUCAACCUCCAGGAUGGCACCCUCACCCUGGAGCAGGGUGUCAAGGAGGCUGCGCGCAUCAUCUACUUCGCACAUGAGGACAGCAAGGACAAGGAAUUCGAGCUGGAGAUGACUUGGAUCAGCUCCGCUAGCGGCCCCACCAAGGGCAGGCACGAGGAGGUCCCCAAGGCGCUGCGGGAAGAGGCCGAGAGGCUGGCUAAGAAGGCGUUGGAGGGCGAUGAUGACGACGAGGAGGAGACGAGGCCCGAGGGUGAGAGGAUGGAGGAGUAA